CGGCCUCAGUUCAUUCGAAUCGGAUGCUCGAGUUGUAACGGAAGCAACAGUGGUGUUUGCUGUUUGGCGAUCGCAAACUCCUACCACCAUCCAGGAACCAGAAGUGCGUUGCCCGUAGAGUGGACUGAAGCAAAACUCUCAAUCUCGGAAGCAAGCUAAUAGUUGCUUAUACUUACUGUGUCAGUUGUGUGAAUAAGGAUAAAGGAGAUGGCAUCGUUUUCCUACGUAGUGCCCGUGGCGGUCCUGUGUGCCUUCUUUCUUCAGUUGCAUGGGGUUCCACUGCCCGGUGUUGGUGACGAAGGUAACGGAAUUCAUCCUUUGAGCUCACUGUUCCAUCCGGACGAAGGUGACUACUGGAGUGCAAACAACCAGUCGAUGGAAAACAACAGCACUAACGGAACUCACAAGGAUCUAUAUGUCAUCAAGGCCGUAGUCUACGAAAUUGGAAUUUUGGUCGAUUCACCCGACAACGAUACCGAUGAAGUCGGAGAGAAUCCCAUCACCCAGCAACAAGUGGAUUUAACUUUCUUCGCUAACGAUUCCAACGAUACCCACAUCAAUCUGGGUGACAUCCCGCUCCCGGUAGCAACCAGCGUCAACGGCCAGGUGCUGAGCGGCAUUGCCCCGGUUCACAUCGGAGCCAUUUCGGAUCUGAGCGAUAUUGUAUCAACGCUCCCCAUCUCGGGAACCAUCGUUAACAUCACCCAGACGAACGGUUCGUUCGUCGAGCUCACCCAGCAAAACAUCAACGAACUCAGCGGGUCGUCUGGUGGUCCCAUCAGCGUUGCCGAUCUGGCCAAGCUACCCAUCGGAUCGCCCAGCAACCCACUGAUACCGAAUUCGCUGGAUAACGUUGUCACGAAUCUGGCUGCGGCCGGAACGGAAUAGUGGAUGGGUGCAUACAAACGCGGGACGAGCAAAAGACCGAAAUGACAAAAGUCGCACGUUGUGACGUCUGUUUGUACAGUUGAUUAUGAUAAGCAUGUGAUAUAAUGUGGGUAUCGUUUAAAAUAUAUGUGAGCAUUGAUGUGUUUUGUUA